AAUGUCUGAGAGUAGAUCGUGAUUUUAUGCUGACGUGAAGUCUUCGUCGCGAUGACUCUGACCAUCACGCCGUGUCCAAUAAAGGGGACUUGCGUCCUGGAGCGCCUACUCGCGAAUGGGUCGGUUGCCUCGCGUCAACCUCUCCCAGAGGCUACGGCUUCGAUAUGCAGGAAUUCGCAGAGAGACAUCAUGGUCCGAAUCGAGGCCCAGAAGUUGCCGAAAGCCCUCGUUCUUUGUGGGACCAGUGAUAAUCUCACCGUUCAUAAGAAGUUCGUCAGUGAAGGGAAGAUGACUCUCUCUUUCAAACAAGAAUCUCUGCGAUUCCUGUUCGCGAACUGCUCGGCAGCAAGUCUGACAACAUUCGUCAAGAUGUUGUCGAUCAAGAGCUCGGUCGUAACCCCGGAUCGACCGAAGGCAUCGCUUCGGGAGAAACUUCUAUCGAGGAAACAAGAUCUGGAAGAUAUAUCACCUCUGGUCGUUUCGAAAGACGGGGCCCUGAUAAGAAAGGUGAAGAACUCGUCCGGCGUCACACCGAAUUCGAAGCGGAGAAAAACCGUCUCGGCCGACGAUAAAGAAAACAUACCAGGAACUCCAAUACGUCGCAUGCUCGCAGCACAGACGGUAGUGCUAUCCAAGGAACAACGUGAGGUCCUCGAUCUGGUCAAAGCCGGUGGUUCUCUUUUCUUCACUGGAUCUGCUGGAACGGGGAAAACUUUUCUCUUGAAGCGAAUAAUCAACAUGUUGCCCCCAGACUCCACCUUCGUCACUGCUAGCACAGGAAUUGCUGCGACGCACAUCGGAGGAUCGACGCUACAUUCGUUCGCCGGAAUCGGCGUCGGGGAUUCGCCAGUCGGAACUCUAGUCGAAAAACUUCAGAAGCGUCCGGCUUUCUCGAAUUGGAGAAAAUGUAGGCAUCUCAUCAUAGAUGAGAUUUCCUUGCUGGAUGGCGACUACUUCGAUAAACUGGAGGCGAUCGCGCGCGCCGUGAAGAAUAACGAGAAACCCUUCGGGGGGAUACAAUUGAUCAUCUCGGGAGAUUUCUUGCAACUUCCCCCUGUUAAUAAAACGGGGAAACGUAAAUUCGUCUUCCAAGCCUCGUGUUGGGACGAGGUCAUCAAUAGAAUCUACGAGCUCAAAGAAGUGCAUCGGCAGAAAGACAAAGAAUUUGUCUCGAUUCUUCGGGAGAUUCGGCUCGGAAUGAUCCGGAUCGAUGUCGGAUGGUGUUUGCCAAUAAUCGUUUUCCCUCACAGAUGCUCGGAGUAUUGCGCGAAGGUUCUCUCGGAUAGCGUCAAGAAUCGUGUGGACGCAGAUGGGAUCUUGGCAACGAAGCUUUCGACGCACAACAUAGAUGUCGAUGCUAUAAACGAAGAAUUCUUCCGUAGACUCCCCGGCGCCAGCAAAACCUACAGAGCAGUGGAUUCGCCCGAGUCCAUGAAGACUUUCCUAGAUAGUUGUGUUCCCGUGAGCAGUUCCCUCAAACUCAAGGUCGGCACCCAAGUCAUGCUUGUGAAAAACACCAAAGUCUCCGAAGGUUUAGCGAAUGGUAGCCGAGGAGUCGUCGUAGGUUUCGAUAGGAAUCAAUUGCCCUUGGUGAAGUUCAAGAAGGGCAUAACCACAUCGGUGGAGCCUGUCAAAUGGAUAGUCAAAGGUGGUGCUGGCUCGUCGAUAACGAGAGAACAGAUCCCCUUGAAGCUCGCCUGGGCGAUAAGCAUUCACAAGAGUCAAGGUCUCACUUUGGACGCUGUUGAAGUGAGUCUGGGCAAGGUUUUCGAAUGCGGACAAGCAUACGUCGCGCUCUCUCGCGCCUCGAGCCUUCAAGGACUCAGAGUACUCGACUUCAAGUCAUCAACCGUGCGGGCAGACCCGCAGGUCUUGGAAUUUUACAAAAGAAUUCGCAGACAAGAUUGUGGUUUCCUCUAG